AACAAUCAGAGUGGCGGAGCCACGGCCACUAAUCAAAGUAUACUACCCUUGAGCUAUUAUGAAAAUUACAAAUGUCACUUUUAUUUUUUCCUAUCUGAAUCGCUAUUCCUUCUUCUUGUCUUAGAGAGCAGCGACACCUCCUCCUCCUCCGUUCAUUACCGCCCACCGCCGAGACGUCAGCCUUCCAUUACCGCCGCAACGCCCUCCAGCUGUAACAAGAGGCGCAUUGAAGCAACUAGCAACAGAGAACGAAAAUCAAAGAAGUGGGAACAAUGUCGUUUAUGAAAGGAGAUUUGCUUUCUCGGUCCAGAAAGCUCGUCAAGGGUUUGGCCAAGGCCGAGCCCGUUUGGCUCAAAGCCAUGGAACAGGCACCACCAGCAACGUUUCCUCGACCUGAGGGUAAACUGCAGACCAUCACUUUUCCUGAGGAUGUUUAUGUUAAGAGUUUUUAUAAAAAAUACCCAGAAUCAAAAUACCAUGAUCCCAUCAAGUUUUCUGCUAUCGAUCCUGCUCCGUCUCGAUUAUUCGCCUUAAGGGUUCUUGAGUUAAAAGAGCAUGGCAUUAGUGAGAAUGAAGCAAUGGAAGUAGCAGAUAUGGAAUAUAUAGCAGAGAAGAAGGCUAAGAAGAAAGCAUAUGCCCGUCUGAAGCAAAUUGCGCGCCUUCAAGGGAAGAAACUGCUUCCAAACCCAUUUCCUUGUCCUGUCAAGGAGAUUCAAGCCGAGGAGAGGAAAUUUGUUCGUGAUCGUUUCUUCAAUCCCAGCAUACGUGAACUUGUGAAGCAAAAGAAAGAGGAAUCCUUGCAGAGAUUCGGAGGAAAUAAUUGGUGAUUUUCAGGGUAAACUUGAACAAUAUAUUGAAACUUUGGCUCUUGAGCAAACGGCGACCUUUGCAAUAAUAAUACAAAUCAGUCCGUCACUAUAAAGGGCAUACUUCUGUCCUAAUACUAUUUAGGUAUUUUGUUGUAAUUUUUAAAUCAACUCUGCUAGAAAGUUUUGCCGGAAUUUCAUGCAAGUUUUCGCUUCGGUUUAGGCCUAUAGCUGCUAUCUUGUGUAAAGGUCUUUGUUUUUUUGCCAGUUUGUUCAACAAGUUUUCGUCGUCGCAUUUAAAAUUA